AUGUCUGAAUCAGAAGCUGAAAUUAGUUUACAGAGUGCCUUGACAAGGCUCGAUGGGAUCAGUUAUGGCUCGACUCUGAGUGUAAUGAGCAACAAAGUUCAAUUUCCCUCUUUCCUGAGGACUGUUCCCUCUGAUAAGUUCCAGGCAUUUGGAAUAUCUAGCAUGCUGUUGCACUUUGGAUGGACCUGGGUAGGAAUUGUUGCAUCAGAUAACCUCUUCAGCCGAGAAGGUAGUCAACAGCUGAAAUCAGAUUUCAUCCAGGCUGGUGGUUGUGUUACUUUUUAUGAAAUUAUUCCACUGCAAAAUGAAAAGUGGAAAAUAGUCCAGAUCGCUGAACUUAUCAAGAGGUCUACAGCAAAUGUUAUUGUUAUCUUUUGCAGAGUGCAACAUGUCACAGCACUUAUGGAAGAGGUUCUCAGGCAAAAUGUAAUUGGAAAGGUCUGGAUUGGUGCCACCAGCACAACCAUCUCAGCCGAUUUCUCAGAAUUGAGCAAAAAUGCACUCAACGGCAGUGUUGGAUUUGCAAUUCAUCGUGGUGAAAUUGCUGGCUUCAAAGAAUUCCUUAAUAAUAUCCAUCCAGUUACAUCACGAGAUGAUAUUUUUGUAAGAAGUUUCUGGGAGGCAGCAUUUGGUUGUCAAUGGGCUGAUGCAGGUCAGGGAAAUAUAUCAGAAAGACAAAAUAGCUCCACCUACUGUACAGGAGAAGAGAGGGUAGAUCAGCUUGACCCUUCCCUCUUUGAUGUCAAUAACUUCAGAAUUACCUAUUCUGUGUACAACGCUGUCCUAAUAGUGGCCCAUGCCUUGCAUAAUAUGAUUUCAUGCAAACCAGGGGAAGGACCCUUUCAUAAUGGAAGCUGUGUUAAUCAGUCUGAUUUUAAAUCAUGGCAGCUUCUGCAUUACAUGAGAAUGGUUCAUCUGAAGAACAAAGCAGGUGAGCAGAUCUUCUUUGAUGCAAACGGUGACCCACCGGCUGUGUACGACAUACAGAACUGGCAAGUUUUCCCAGAUGGUACCAAUCGCUAUAUCAAAGUGGGCAGCUUCAACAGCAGUGCCCCUGAAGGGCAGAAAAUCGCCAUCAAUGACAUUGAUAUUCUUUGGGAUUCAGCUUAUAAAAAGAUUCCAACCUCAGUAUGUAGUGAAAGCUGCCCCAUUGGAUACCGGAAAGCUACUCGACAAGGGCAGCCACCUUGUUGCUUUGACUGUUUUCCAUGUCCCAAGGGAGAAAUUAGCAACCAUAGUGAUGUUACAGAGUGCACAAAAUGUCAAAAGUAUCAGUGGCCAAAUGGAAAUCGAGAUAAAUGUGAAGACAAGGUCAUUGAAUUCCUGUCCUAUGAAGAGCCCCUAGGAAUGGCUUUGGCCAUCAUUGCUGUCAUCUUCUUCAUUUUAACUGCAUGCAUACUUGCCAUCUUUGUUAAGAACCAUGACACUGCGAUAGUGCGUGCAAACAACCGUCAACUGAGUUUCCUUCUCCUGGUGGCACUCAUGAUGUGCUUCCUCUGCUCCCUUAUCUUUAUUGGUCAGCCUGUGAUGCUUAGCUGUCAGCUCCGCCAGCCCACUUUUGGGAUAAUAUUCUCCAUCUGUGUGUCAUCUGUUUUGGCCAAGACAACUACAGUGGUCAUUGCUUUCAGUGCUACUAGUCCCAACAGUAGCCUGAAGAGGUGGGUGGGGCCAAAGACUCCAGCCUUCAUUGUGGUAUCCAGCACACUACUUCAAGUUCUGAUCUGCCUCCUUUGGUUGGUCAUGUCACCUUCAUACCCAAACCAGAACAUAAACACACGAAGCAAUAAGGUGAUCCUGGAAUGCAUUGAUAGUUUCACUGAGAUGUUCUAUAUAAUGCUAGGGUAUCUUGGCAUCUUAGCUGUUUUGAGUUUCAUUACUGCCUUCUUUGCAAGGAAGCUACCAGACAGCUUUAAUGAGGCCAAGUACAUUAGCUUCAGCAUGAUUGUUUUUGUCAGUGUUUGGAUCUCAUUCAUCCCAGCCUAUCUGAGUACACAGGGGAAGUACAUGGUGGUGGUGGAGAUUUUUGCUAUUGUGUCUUCUAGUGCUGGUCUUCUCAGCUGUAUUUUUUUCCCAAAGUGUUAUAUCAUUGUACUGAGACCUGAUGCAAACAUCAGAGACCAUUUAAUUGGAAAAACUAAUCCUGCAAUAUAA